AUGGGGUUGUUUUCGGUCUUUGCGCCUGCCGCGAGGGCGGAAGGCGCUCCGGUCGCGGCGGCGGAGUCGCCGGCGGGGCUGCGUGGAGUCGUGCAGCCUCCCUCGCCUCCCGAGUGCACGUGUUUUUCGCGCUUUCUCUGCGACAAGCGCGUGAUUCAGGAGCAAGUCUUCCUGGAGCGCCACGUCGACGCCUUCCACCUGCUUGCGCGACUCUACGCUCAGUAUCCGCCGCACCUGCUGCAGAACGACCCUGACCUCGUCGAAGUCGUGUACCGCUUCUCGCUGACCGACUCGGUCUACCGCAUCCUCGAGCAAGACGCGUGCGCGGCGAAGCUCCGGGAGCGACCCAAGGCCUUCUCUCGCCUCGCAGAAAAACUAUCCUUCUCGUCGCUGCACUCCGCUCCGUCCUGCCCCCCGCGGGAGGCAGACUGCGCCCGCAGAGAGGACGAGGAAGGCGGCGGCGCUGGGAGACCUGAGGGAGAGCGACGCGGCGAAGGCGGAGAACUCGCGUCUCCAGACGCGCAGGAGAAGGCGAAGUCUGAGACGUCGCUCCGCUGCUGCUCGGCGGAGACCUGCAGCCUGCGGCAGUUCUGCGAAACGGGCGAGUGCAGCUGUCUCCGCCUGGCACGAGAGUGGCGAGGUCCCGCGAGCUUCCCUGAAGGCCCUGGGGCCCCAGGGGGGCGGCAGGAGGGCGAGACUUUGACGCAGGGAGGGGUGAGCGUCCACGCGGCUGACAAGGGGCAGACAGGCGCGGAGAACGCGGCGAACGGCUGUUCUGGUCUUCCUGAGUCGAUGAGGCCGUUGGCAGGCUCGCUCCUCGAGGCCGUCCUCGCGCAGCCGAUCCACCCUCUCGUGACUGGAAAGGUCCCAGGGCCAUGGCACUGCGCGGUGUCUGACGGCACCAUGAGCGUCUACGUGCGGAACUACGAAGACAAUCGCGAGCUCCUCACCUUUCGCAUCGAAGGCGAAAGCGACGCGCCGCUGCUCAGCAUCCUCUCAGUGCUCAACGAAGUGGACCUCUUCAAGCUUUGGGUCCCCUACUACUCGCAGCCGUUCAAGCUCGGACUACGGCAAGCAGACUCCACCUCGAUGGGACGCGUCGACCAGCUCGUGCAGUUCCACGUGGACUUCCCCUGGCCCUUCUCGAACAGAGAUGCCUUGUUCGAGGUGUGGGCAGUAGACGAUUUUGAGCGCAACUCGCAGAUUGUCGUGAAAAUGACGACUCUCGACCAUGAGAACCCGAGCCCUCGCGCGCGCGUACCGGUGCCCAAGCCAGCCAAGGGGGUGGAGCGCAUGUGCGUCGACGGGAGUCUCGUGAUCUCGCCUCGCGGAAGCCACAGUUCUUUCCUUCGCCUCGUAUGGCAUGAAAACUGCCGCAUGCGCGUGCCGAUGAAAAUGGUCGACUUCGUGUCCAGCAUUGUCGCGAAAGGCGCGUUCAAUUCGUUCCGCGCCGCGUGCAAGACGGCGAUGGAUGGCGAGCACCAGGAGCGGCGGAAGAAGAACCGAUUUCUCUACGGCUUCAUCGAGAAUAGACUCGCCGAAGUCGGGCUCCACGGCGAAGGUCUCGACGCCCUCAAGGCCGAUCGCGAUCUCUCAGGCUCGCAGGCGACGGCUGAGACGGAAGUGAAGCGCGAGGUCUCUGAGAAGUUCGAGCAGAAUGAAGACGAAGAGGAGUUCUUUGACGCGGAGGAAGGCGUGGAAGGCGGCGGGACUUGCGCAGCCAGCGCGAGGCGGGAGAGUUCCGAAGCAGGCAGCGCGGACUCCGGCGAGCUUCUCGCCUGCGCAGCCUUGACUCUGUUUACAGGCUCCUACGAAUGGCUUUGA